CACAAGUGCCGGGCGGGGGUAUCGUCGGUGGGCCGCGGGCGUGCAGCCCACCGCGCAGGCUCCGCGGCGGCCCCCUCCGCUGAUGGACUGGGGCCACCUCCGCGCAGCCACCUCGCAGGGGGAAAAGCCCGUCCCGGGGUGGCUAUUCCGGGACAUCUGCCAGGAGGCCGAGCGGCACCCGCAGGACAUCCCGGACGUGGCCGAGUAUGUCAUGCAGUGCGUCGCCUGCGACGACCAGAACGUGGCCCUGAAGGGCUGCCUGGCCCUGCGCCACCUGGCCGACGACGUGCCGCAGUUCCGGGAGUACAUGCGGCAGUGCCCCGACGCGCUGGCCAUCCUGCAGGACGUCUCCGCGCCCCCGCCCCUGGCCAUCACGGCCAGCCUCGAGGCCCCCGAGGCCAAGUUCCUGAGGGAGGCCGCGGCCCGGGCGCUCCGGGCGUGCACCUCGCGGGAGGCGGGCGCCGAGGCCGCGCGGAAGGCGGAGAUCCGGGCCCGCUGCCAGGGCUUCGGGAACUACGCGCCGCCCGAGGAGGAGCAGCCCCGCGGCGCCGGCGGCGCGGUGGAGCGCGCGGCGGACUACGUCGGGACGGCGCUGGCGGACACGGUGGACGACUUCCGGGAGAAGGGCGCGGUGGGCGCCGUGCGCGACGGCGUGCUGGACGCCGCGGACCUGGUGCUCGACGGGGUGGGCGCGGUCUGGUCGCUGCUCGCCGGCCGGCGCAACGCCCCAGCCCCGGUCGAGCAGGAGCGGAUCUGCAGACCGGCGGGCGGCGCCCAGCAGCCGCCGCACCUACCGAGGGCGCCCUUGGCCGCCGGGCCCGCGGCGGACGCCUACGCGGGCGCCUUCGGCCGCGGAGCCGCGGGGGCCACCCACUCGUUCUCGCCCGCCGCGCUGCAGCAGGCCGGCCUGGCGGCCCCGGCGCCCCUGCCGCACUCCGCGCCCCCGCCGGCCGCAGCCGCGGCCGCGCCCGCCGCGGCGGCGCCGGCCGCGGCCGCGGCGGCGCCGGCCGCGGAGCCGGAGGACCUGCUCAUCUUCGAGGACACGGUGGAGGCGUCGUCGCCCAGCUCGGCGGACCUGCUCUCCUUCGGCGACGGGGCCUCCGCAGCAUCCUCCGCGGGGCCGGAGGAGGGCCCGGCGGAGGCCGCGGAGCUGAAGCGGAGGGGCAACGCGCUGGUGAAGGAGAGGCGGCCGGGCGAGGCCAUUCGGCAGUACGAGGCCGCGCUGGCGCUGCUGGCGCCGGGCAGCCACGAGCCGCUCCGCGCCGUGCUCUUCGCCAACGUGGCGCUCUGCUGCCUGCAGCAGCAGCUCUACCGGCGCGCCGUGGAGGCCGCCACGCGGAGCCUGGAGGCGGACGCCGGCCACGCCAAGGCCCACUACCGGCGCUGCCUGGCGCACAGGGCGCUGAAGAUCGAGGAGGCGAGGCGGGACCUCGACGCCCUCGGCCGCUGCAGGCACGAACUGGCGCCAGAGGAGAUGCGGAGGCUCGCCGCGAGCCUGCAGGCCCCUCGGUGACCGCGGCGCGCGGCGGCGCGGCAAGAGGGACGGAUCCUCUCGGCGGGGCUGCGGCCCCACCGCCGCCCUCUCGCGGAGGCUCCCCGCGCGCGCGCGCGCGGAGCGGAGUCGGCGCUCGCCUCGCGCGCUUCGCCCGCCGCCCGCCCUGCCUUGCUCCCCC